AUGUCUGACACCAACUCCUUUCCUGGGCUUCCUCAGGCUUUUAACUUCCUCAAGAAUCUAUUUUCACACGCCCUUCGAUCUUCAGAUAAUGUUCCUCAGCAUGUAGGUUUAAUCAUGGAUGGUAAUCGGCGGUGGGCUAAACGAAAACAUGUAGAGGUGAAAGAAGGACAUAAUGCCGGAUUCCAUAGUAUGGGUCGAGCUCUUGAACUAUGCUACGAGGCGGGUGUAAAAACUGCAACCGUCUUUGCCUUUUCGAUAGAGAAUUACAAAAGAAGUGCAGCAGAGGUAGACUCAUUGAUGAAUUUAGCCAGAAGUGGCAUUAGGCAGGUUGUUCAGAACGGAGAAAUGGCUGAAAAGUUCGGAAUCAGAAUAAGGGUCAUAGGAGACCGGCGCCUUCUAUCUGAAGAUGUUAUGCGCGAAGUCGAAACGGCAGAAGAAAUUACAAAGAAUAACAAAAGGGCAGUGUUGAAUAUCUGCUUUCCUUAUACAGGGCGUGAUGAACUUCUGCAUAGCAUCAAAGCUAAUGUAAAUAGAGCCCUGGCUGGUGAGAUUGAAGCUACCGAAAUCGACGAGAAACAGGUCGACGAUUUCUUGUACACGGCGGGGUCGCCGCCCCUCGAUCUGUUAAUCAGAACGAGCGGCGUGACACGCCUGAGCGAUUUCUUGCUUUGGCAAGUUAGCCGAAGAGGGGUAGUAAUUGAAUUCGUUGAUUGCCUAUGGCCCGAUUUUGGAUCUCGCCAAAUGGCGUGGAUCCUGCUCAAGUAUGCAUAUAACCGAACCUACCGCGCACAUGACCCAGACUUUGAAGAAGAAGCUGAUUGCGGUACAACGACCAACCGUGGCAAGAAGAGUAUUUAG